AUGGAGGCAGACUUACCUCACAAGGAGCGCACGCCUUCCCCGAUCUCUGACGAUGAGAAGCAAGCCCACCUCGUUGAGCACCUCGACUACAAGGCGCGCUUCCCUGAUCUCGACGAGCGAAAGCUCAUCCGGAAGAUUGACCUGCACGUCGUACCCAUGAUCUGCAUUCUCUACUUCCUUGCCUUCCUGGACCGUGCGAACAUCUCCAAUGCGGCUCUGUUCAAUCUCAAAACCGAUCUCAAGCUCACCGGCAACGAAUACAACACGGCACUUGUUAUCUUGCGAAUCCCAUCGAACGCCUUGAUGAAACGCUUCAAGCCACAUAUUUGGCUAUCUGGCUGCAUGUUCUUCUUCGGCCUCACAGCAUGUCUUCAAGGUCUGGCGCAGAAUUACGGUGGCAUUCUAGCAGCACGAUUCUUCCUAGGGCUUUUCGAAUGUAACAUGUUUCCGGGAUGCUUCUAUCUGCUCGCCAUGUGGUACAAGCGGUCCGAAGCUCAGAAGCGAUAUUCCUUCUUCUUCUGCUCGACAACCCUGGCAGGCGCUUUCGGUGGUCUUCUCGCUGCUGCAAUUGGGAACAUGGACGGCAUACUUGGGCAUUCAGGCUGGAGAUGGAUUUUCAUUCUCGAGGGUCUCUUGACAAGUAUUGUCGGAAUCCUGUCUUUCUUCCUCAUUUCAGACUUCCCAGAGGAGGCGAAGUGGCUCUCGGCAGAGGAGAAAGACUUUGUCAAGACGAGACUACAAGAGGAUGUUGGGAAGAUUAUCUUUGGUGGCUUCAUGUACUUCGGGCUCAUUGUACCGGCAUAUGGAUAUACGUACUUUGCCCCUGCCAUUAUCCAAUCCCUGGGACACUCGAAUAUCCGGACACAGCUUUUGUCCGUUCCGCCAUGGGCUUGCGCCUUCGUCGUAUCUAUGAUCGUGGCGACACUCUCAGACUAUGUCGGGCACAGAUACCUUUUCAUGAUGGUCACAGCUGCCGUUUCCAUGGCGGGCUUCGCCAUCUUAUUCCGUGUCCACGACGACCAGAAUCUACAAUACGGUGCGCUAUUCCUUGCCGCUACAGGAGCAUUCUCGAGCAUGCCUGUCAUCGUAUGCUGGUUUUCCACAAAUCUUGCUGGACACCGGAGAAGAGCCAUUGGUACGGCUUGGCAGAUCGGCUUCGACAAUACCGGUGGCAUUAUUGCGACCUACUCCUUCCUUGCACAAGAUGCGCCAAAGUACAUCAAAGGCUAUAGUAUAUGCAUUUCCUUCAUCUGCCUGUCGAUGGUGUCUUGCUUUGCGUACCUUCUUCACGUGGAAUGGCUCAACCGGAAGCGCGACCGCGAAGGAGACAACGGCACAAAUCUGCCGUGGGAAGAGAAGCAGGAACUGGGGGACCUCAAUCCCGACUACAGGUAUUUGCUGUGAAGGGGAGUUGUGGAAUUGUGGAAUUGUCUUCAGUUCACCUCCUUCUUCUAUUUAUCUUUCAGUUUUGUGGAGCCUGCGGAAUCUUAUGCGGUU